AUGAGGAAGAAAAUUGACAAUCGAAUUCGCAUCCUUGUCGAAAAUGCGGUUGCCCAGAGGCACAGGGCGUUUUUUGUGAUGGUUGGCGACAGAGGAAAAGACCAGAUUGUGAAUCUCCAUUACAUGCUUUCCAAAAUAACGACUAGAAAACCAUCUGUUCUGUGGUGCUACAAAAAGGACUUAGGAUUCAGUUCGAAUCACAAGAAGCGAAUGAAACAAUUGAAAGCAAAAAUUCAGAAGGGAGUUUGGGAUCCGAAUGUCGACGAUCCUUUCGAAUUGUUUGUUACUUCGACGCGUAUUCGUUACUGCUACUACAAAGAGACCCAUUUGAUUCUGGGACAGACGUAUGGGGUGUGUAUCUUGCAAGAUUUCGAAGCCAUCACUCCCAAUAUACUGUGCCGCACUAUGGAGACUGUCGAAGGUGGCGGUAUCGUUUGCAUUCUGUUGCGAUCCAUGGAAUCGUUGAAGCAACUUUACAGCCUUACAAUGGAUUGUCAUCCCAGAUUAUCAUCAAAAUUUUCUACUGGAUCUGCGAAUGAUAUUGAACCCCGAUUCAAUGAAAGAUUUCUUCUCUCCCUCGCCGAUUGCGCCCAAUGCUUAGUUGUUGAUGAUGAGCUCAACAUUUUGCCAAUUAGUCGUCAUGCGAAAAAAAUCAGUCCAGUCGAUCGAUCGACCCUCGGCAGCACAACAUCGAUCAAAUCAAAGUCAAUUGGGACAUCGUUUGUGCUUAGUGAAAUUCCUCAGACUCCCGAGCUUUUACAAUUGAAAGAAACAAUGAAAAGCACAGCGAUGGGUCCAUUGAUUGAUUUGGCUGCGACGAUUGAUCAAGCAAAAACUCUUCUCUCAUUUGUUGACGUGAUUAGUGAGAAAUCUCUGAAUUCAACUGUUAGCUUGACUUCAGGACGAGGAAGAGGAAAAUCGGCAACGUUGGGUUUAUCAAUUGCAUCAGCACUUGGGUAUGGGUACUCGAAUAUUUUGAUAACGGCUCCCUCUCCUGAAAAUGUUGGAACUGUUUUUGAAUUUAUACAAAAGGGUUUGGUUGCAUUGGGUUACAAGGAGCAUGCAGAUUUCGAGCUUAUUGAGGGUGAACAAACAACCCAACCGAAGCAGCUCGUCAGAAUCAACGUCUUCAAGGACCACAGGCAAACUGUUCAAUACAUUUCGCCAAAUGACGUUGCCUUCGCCCGCCAGGCUGAAAUACUCGUCAUCGAUGAAGCUGCUGCGAUUCCUCUUCCUCUGGUGUCUCGCUUAUUUGGGCCGUAUUGUGUGUUUUUGUCGUCGACUGUCAAUGGGUACGAAGGAACUGGACGAGCCCUUUCAUUGAAGUUAUUGCAGGAGAUCAAACAAGGAUCAAUGGCAUCUUCAGGUUCAUCACUUAGUGGGAGAGCACUUAGGGAGUUAACGCUUGAGACUCCAAUUCGUUACGCGCUCAAUGAUCCUAUUGAGCUGUGGUUGAACAAACUCCUGUGUUUGGAUGCGACAACUCCUUCGCCUUUAACAGGAACAACAAUUGCCUUACCAAACCAAUGUUCUUUGUAUACAGUUAACAGAGAUUCGCUCUUCUCGUAUCAUCAAGCAUCAGAAGAAUUCCUUCAGAGAAUGAUGUCACUCUUCGUUUCCUCUCAUUAUAAAAACUCCCCCAAUGACCUCAUCCUGCUUUCUGACGCCCCUGCGCACCACAUCUAUGCUUUGCUUCCUCCUGUAGGAGAGGAACAAUCUGAACUACCAGAUGUUUACGCAGCAAUACAGAUUGCCAUGGAAGGAGCCAUCAGUAAAGAGUCGAUUCGAAAAGCGCUUUCCAAAGGAGUUCGACCUGCUGGCGAUUUACUUCCAUGGACACUAUCUCAAAAUUUUAUUGAUGAAGAUUUUGGAAGUUUGAAUGGGGCGAGAAUUGUUCGAAUCGCGGUCCACCCUUCGCUGCAAAGGAUGGGAUACGGCAGCGAAGCUUUGAGGCAGCUGAUAAGCCAUUUGGAAGGAUUGACGGCGCCGAAGAGAAUGAUGGAAAGAAGGAUGAUGAAUGCAGUAAUGCUAUUGAUGACGAUGUUGACGAGAAUGAUUCUAAUGAAGGCAACGAUGGGGAUGGAAAACGUACCACAACUAAGAACAGAAGUUAUCUGUGUUCGCGACGCCCCCCCAUUAUUGGUGCGCUCAAGUGAAACGAGAAUUGGACCCAAUGUUGAUUAUAUUGGGACGUCAUUUGGAUUAACUCUUGAUCUAUUGAAAUUCCACACUCGUUUGGGAUUUCAAUCUGUUUACUUGAGACAAACACCGAAUGACAUUACUGGUAAGGGAAAAAUAGAAAGAUCAAUGAAACACGCUCUCUUUGUAGGAGAACAUUCAGUUAUUAUGUUGCGAUCAGUGCAAUCCCCGAAUUCUCUCAAUGUCGAUAAUUGGAUUCACGGAUUUGUCACUGACUUCCGGAAUCGCUUCAUCAAUUUGUUAUCAGCAAGUUUCAGUCAUAUGCCAAUCACUCUAUGUCUGUCGUUAAUCAAUUCGUCUCAACAAUUGGAUAAACAAAAUCAAAAUGGAAACUCGUUUGAUCUUCCAAUGAACUCAAAUUCAAAUCUUCCUGAAAUCUCUCAUCGAAAUGUACGUUACG